UGCCUUAUAACAAACCCAGUUGGGUUGCUAUAUAAACGCAUUGACAACAAGCUUCCAGCGCAGAUCUGUGGGAGAAUCGCAUGCCCUGAAAUUAACCACAACAUCAUCAUCCACCAUGAAGGCAGUCAGUCCGGUGAGGUCCAUAAGGAAACCCGCCUUGUAUUUUUCGGAGCAUAAUCACGGCAAUUUACGGAGCAAGAGCUCCUCGGACGACCCGCUCAGUCUCCUGUACAACAUGAAUGACUGCUACAGCAGGUUGAAGGAGCUCGUGCCGAGCUUACCGCAGAACAAGAGCGUGAGUAAGAUGGAGAUCUUGCAGCAUGUCAUAGACUACAUUCUGGAUCUUCAGAUCGCACUGGACCAGAACCCGCAACAGCAGAUCCUCGGACAGAGCCCUCCAAAAAAGUCUGUCAGAUCACUCGGAGCUGAUAUCAGCAUCCUCUCCUUUCAGCCCAGUAACCCUCAAAGAGAGAUCAACUCAGAUGACCUCAUAGCCCUGUCUCGUUGAAAUGUGCAUGCCGGGGGUGUGAGAUUUUGGAGCUCUGGAGAGUGUUAGCGUGUGUUUGUGAAGGCGUGUGAGGAAGGGAAGCAUCAGCAGAGCAGCAGAACUUAAGCCGAGUCUCGAAGGAUUCAGUACCUGCUUCUUUUUGAAAGAUGGUACCUUACCCUGUUGAGGAGAGAGAGGAGAGGAGGAGAGAGACAAAGGAGGUGGAAAUCGUGAGGGAACUACAUUCAUGUUGAUGAAAGAAAGAUGGAGAGAGUUUAAACAGGAAGCAAAUGAGUCUUUCUCUACAGCAUGUGGGAACUGGUGGACUGUGAAAGCCUCCGGUGAACAUUAAGGCAGCUGGUGCUUGACGUCACUAGUACAGUGCCUGUUUGAACACUGGUGUCUUGCUUCUAUUCUCACACAAAUGAAGCUUAAAAUGUACCAAAUGUCAAACACUAGGUAUAGGGUACAAAACAGGGACGGAAAAUGUAUUUUAAAAAUCUUGAAUGUUAUUUUCUAUAAACAAAAUGUAAUGAAAAAAUAUAUUAAAAACAUUUUUGGUUUGUCA